UGUGGAAGGAAAAGAAAUGACGUUUUUAGUAGACUCCGGAGCUACUCAUUCAGUAAUUCAAGAAAAAUAUUUUCCAAAUCAAAAAAUGAGUGGGCUGUAUGUAUAUUCUCAAGGGGCUUCAGGUUUGACUGUGACAGAAAAAUUUACUGCACCUAUGACGAGUGUACACUCUGACGAGACUGACCUAAACCCUGACAUAAAAGUAAAACAUUCUUUUUUACUCUCUUCACUCAGUCCGAUAAAUCUGAUGGGCAGAGACUUGAUGUGUACAUAUGGUAUUUGUUUGACGUCAUCUCCAGACGGCCUUAAAGUGGUUAGGCGUAGAGCUGCACUCCAAAUGGUGCAAAAGGCUCCCUCUAAUCCUCUUUUUGUGUAUCAGUGGUGGAUCCCGAUCGAUGAUGCUCGGAGGCUAAGCCAGGCUGGUGAAGCACGGGUUUCUCCUUAUGCAGACCGUAUGAACCCUGAACACCUGCAUUGCACAACAUAUGUCUCAGAGGGUCCAGACGGCUCUUCUGAAGAGACAUUUUUUGAGGCCCUCAAUGAUGCAAUUGCCUGUUCUACUUUGUACUGGUCAACUUGUAAACCUGCUGUGUCUAUUUCUCUGUCUCCCACACAGAAAGAACUGUUUCAAGUUCCCAGCUCACAUCCCCAUGUCUCACUGUCUAAAGGACGCCUUGACCAAUGGAGGGAUUUGGGACCAUUUGUGGCUCAGUGUGAAUCUCUCACUGACUGGGAGGAGACAAUCGAUCCGCUUGUUCUGCGCUCCGCCUCUACAGGGUUUCACAGAACUCACUGUGUACUCCUCACAUCAGCUUGUCGAUCUGUCUAUGUGUUUUAUGAGCACAACGACAAAGUUGAAACAUUUUUAACAACUCCCACGUCAAUUUCUCCCGCUCUUGCGUCUGUUCCACAGACACUCUGGGUAGCACACAAAUAUGACGUAGACUUGAUCAACAACUGCCAACCCGUCGUCAUCACUCCACAUUCUGACUUCCGCCCCCACAAACACCAGUACCCCCUCCGACAAGAGGCCAUUGACGGUAUUACACCUGUAUUCAAUUCGCUCCUGGAGGCAGGAGUGAUAGUUCCAUGUCCAGACUCACCUGUCAGGACGCCAAUAUUUCCAGUGAAAAAAAUCAGAGAUGCUGGCAAGCCUACAGAAUGGCGUUUCGUGCAGGAGCUAAAAGCAGUAAAUGCGGCCGUUCAUGCACGGGCACCAAAUGUUCCUAAUCCUUACACAAUCCUAGCUCAGAUUCCUCCUGAAGCUAAAUGGUUUUCUGUUGUUGACCUGUCGAAUGCUUUUUUCAGCGUGCCAGUCGACAAAGACAGUCAAUUUUGGUUUGCAUUCAACUUCAACGGUAAGCCAUACACUUUCACUCAUUUGUGUCAAGGCUAUACCGAAUCACCCACAAUCUACAAUGAUGCGCUCAGAGAAAGCUUGGAGAGCGUAACGCUCUCUCCCGGCUCUGCACUUCUGCAGUAUGUUGACGACUGUUUGAUUGCAGCUCCAAAUCAGGCACAGUGUCAGACAGACACGCUUAAACUAUUCAAACAUUUAGCGAAGGAAGGCCAAAAGGCCAGCUUCUCUAAAUUACAAUUUGUGUCUCGAAAUGUGCGUUUCCUAGGUCAUGACAUAUCUGGAGAAGGAAAAACCCUCUCCCGAAAAAGAAUCGCCGCGAUCGUAUCAAUACCGAAACCCAACACCAAAAAACAGAUGAUGUCCUUUUUGGGCAUGUGCUCAUACUGUCGAUCAUUUAUUCCAAACUACUCACAAAUGGAACAUCCGUUAUCAAACUUAAUCCAUGGGAAAAAUCUUACAGCGCACAACAAAAUAAUCUGGACUGAAGAGGGUCUUGCAGCCUUCACACAAAUUAAAUGUGCUUUGCAAACUCCUCCGACUCUUGGACUGCCGAAUCCGAAUAAGCCAUUUACUCAAACAGUAGAUGAAAGACUGGGCUGCCUGACUUCUGUGCUGCUACAACCCCAUGGUGAUAAACUCCGCCCGGUGGCGUAUUUCUCCGCAAAACUCGACCCUGUCGCUGCAGGACUGCCACAAUGUUUGCGUGCUGUGGCCGCGGCACUCACAGCCUCACGUGACAUAGUGGGUUACGCACCACUCACUCUGCUCGUUCCGCACACGGUUUCUUUGAUUCUCCUCGAACAGAAAUCAUCUCACCUCUCUGCGGACAAAUCGGACGGUAAGCCCAUCCUACACCACACUCUCAUUGCUGAACUGUUGGAAUCCAUCUUACUACCCACAGCUAUUGCUGUCUGUAAAUGUGCAGCACACACGUCCAAUACGGAUGAUGUAUCACAGGGAAAUGCUCGAGCAGACUUGGCUGCAAAAGCUGCUGCUCUGCUUCCGCUUCCCACUACCUGUGCUCUCAUGUGCUCUGAGAAGUUAGUUCCCUCCUCUCUUACAGCGAUGCAGUUACUCUCUACCCCUGAUGAAAGACGGCUUUGGUCCACAUCUGGCUGUGUUUACACCAACGGUUUCUGGACUGGACCCGACGGCAAGCCGUGUUUACCUAAACACUAUUUUGCUCAUUAUGCUAAGUUGACUCAUGGGUUAGACCAUGUGUCAAAAGGGGGAAUGUUACCUGCACUUAAUGAGACGUGGUUUACAAAAGGGUUCACAGCAUAUGCACAAAAAUUUUGUUCUGGAUGUGUCACCUGUUCUACUCACAAUGUAGGCAGGCCCGUGGGCGUGUCCAGCCAGGCUGCACACCCACCACCAACCCGCCCGUUUGAGCACAUUAUGAUGGAUUUUGUGGAGUUGUCUCCAUCUGAAGGUUGCAGCCGCCCUCCCAAAACCAGCUGAAGGCCCACUCCACAAACUGAAACCUGGUGACUUUGUGGUGGUGAAAGACUUCAGGAGAAAAAACUGGAAAGCACGAUGCUGGCAGGGACCAUUCCAGAUCCUCCUUGUCACCCAAACAGCUGUCAAAGUAGCUGAAAGGGCAACUUGGGUCCACGCGUCCCAUUGCAAGAAGGUUCCAGAUCCAGUACCAGCAGUGGGCUCAGGCGACCCUACCC